UGGGCGCCUGUGUCCGGGAUGGCGGCGGCGGCGGAUCCGGGAGUCGGGGUCGCGCCCCCCGCGGAGGAGCCGGGCUCGGGGUCGCUGUGCGCGGCCCCGCUGCGCCUGGCGCGGCUGCCCCUGGCCCGGGUGAAGGCGCUGGUCAAAGCCGACCCCGACGUGAGCCUGGCGAGCCAGGAGGCCGUGUUCGUCCUGGCCCGGGCCACGGUGAGGGGCGUCCGGGGUGAUUGCCCGGGCGUUGGGGGUGCGCAGAUCCGCCGCCCCCUUCUCCGUCUGCCUGGCAGCCCGGGGGUGCUCACAG